AUGUACCCCAAUCCAUUUCCUCAGUACCCAUCAGAAGGCUUGACGGAUCAAAUGCGGAUGAAUCAACAAGUGAUGUGGAAUAACGGUCAAUAUGGAUACCCCCACAAUAGCUUCAAGAAUACACAUCAAUAUGCAACAUCUCACAAUCAGGAUUGGAGCCAAUAUGAACCAGCCCAUGAAUUCCAGAGACCACAACUGCCGCCUCAACCGCAAACGGUUUUGAACAAUCCCGAUAAUAUCAGAGUAACAUUGCAAGAUGAAAAAGAGUGGAAGGAACUGCAUGAGCUGGGAAACGAGAUGCUAGUUUUAUCAGUUGGAAGAAUGCUCUCCCCACAACUCAACUACCUGGUCACUGGUCUCAAUACACACGAAAAUUACUCAUUCGGCCUAAAACUCAAGCGACUCAACACGAAUAUUUUGAAACGCGUUGAGGGGGGUUGGGAAGAAAGUAAAAUUAAGGUGAAGGCGUCUUGGGAGAGCAAUGAGAUAUUUUUGGAUACUAAGGAAGGAUUUGUGUGGAUGGAGGAUGAAGUGUCUUUCGAGAGAGCUAAAAUCUAUUCUGAAAAGAAAAGAACCAGAAUAGUGACAGAGACUGAGGAGAAAAGACAGGAAGGACUUCUUAUCAACACCCGCUGCCGCUAUAUUCCAGUCCUCAGUAUCUAUUCCCAGAAAUCUGAAAUUGCUAGAGAGUUCCUCAAAUCAUUCGAAAUCGAGAAAACACAGUUUGUUGCAGUCACUUGUGUGAAGAAUACCGCUGUGGUAAACUGGAAAACUGCAAAAAACAAAUUCGCGAGAGUUGAUUAUAAGAAAAAUUUGAAUAGGAAACGAUCAUCGCUAGUUUUCGGUUCCAAGGAAUCAGAAAACGAUUCUGGAAUCUUAUCGGCGAACAACACAAUGGCAUCGUCACGUGACUCAAAAAUAGUUGCAAAGAGAAGGCAGGAGGAUUCGGAGUGUUAUCAGGCUACCGUAUCCACAAUGGGUGUUCCUCAAAGUAAUGGUAACUCAAAUCUGGAAUUAUUGUUGACUCGUGGACCCUCAACCUCCACAGUCGCACAUUAUACUCCAAAUUUUUCAAACUACAACGUGACUCCCGGUGUUCCUACUUUUGCUUUUUCCACAGAAAAACUGAGCAACGGAGCACCUCAGUACUCGAUGAAUGAUUUUAGGCCACUUGAUCAAGCAUCCAUGGCUACCAAUAAUUUGCUCAUUUCAUUGCAAUCGCAACCAAUUCCAUGCAGAACCGUCCACCACAAUAUGGAACAAGCGGGACACCAAGGAAUCACUCGGCCUACCGGACCAUCCAAUAAGUCAUCGUGGGAUAAUAAUAAUGUGACUCUCGAUUUCAGUCAAAACUCCAACUAUUAA